AUUUAAUGCUCUUUAUAUUACUUUUAUAUCGACAUUAUCAAUUGUACGAUUAAAAUUUUGUUUAUAAGUCGUUAAAAUUAACAAGAAGAUUUUGCUACACAAAAACUGUUAAUGUAGUUUCAAUAGUGAAAACAAAAAACAGUUAUUUUGAUAUAAAAGCCGAAUUGCAAUUUGACUUUGAUGCAAUUUCUAUGUGACCAAUCUUCAUAAGCAUUCGAGUUGAACAAAGGAAGGAUCUAGAUAAUUAGUUGUGGACAAAAAUAGACGUCGCAGUCGGGCCCUGGGCCAGGUGACGUCAGUGCGCCAGGGCCGGCGGCGGGGCAAGACGGGCCCCGCGCCAGUGCCGCGCGCGCCGUCAGCCCGGCCGCACGCUAUCGAGUCUCUGCACUCUGCCAGCCACCAGCCGCCUCCGCGCGCGCCACCUGGCCGCCUCCACCACCCCCUCCCGUCUACGCGAUCCUCGAUCAUACAACGAAACAUCGCAAUGGUUAGAAAAUACGAAAGAAUGAGUGGACGACAAUCUUGGAAUGAAGAAGAUAUGGCCAAGGCCGUACAAGCUGUAGUGUCAGGUAAGAUGGGCUACAAACUAGCAGCUAGAACUUUCCACAUACCACGAUCAACCCUACAAAGAAGGGCCAGUAAAAUAAGAUACCAGCAACCAGAUGACCCUAAAACAUUGAUGGGUCAUUACCGAAGAGUGUUUACGGAUAGUCAAGAAAAAGAUUUAGUGGGAUACAUAAAAAGCAUGGAGAAACACUUCAUGGGCGUUUCUCGUAGAGAUAUUAGAGAGCUGGCUUUUCAAUAUGCUGAAGACAACCAUUUGAAUCAUCCUUUCGACGUUAACAGCAGAAUGGCUGGCGAAGAUUGGGUUAGGAAUUUCCUGAAGAGAAACCCAGAGCUACUUCACAAAUCUGAAAGGGAAUUUGAGUUAGAACCGGUAAAUUUCGAUCAAUUUUACCACUUUAUGUGUCAGCAUUCAUGAUAACUGUUUGUAGACUUUCGCUACAUAAUCGUGGACACAUAAUUCAGCUGGAAAAGAUUUACCCGUAUGACUGAACGAAUAUAACUCCAACCUAUGUACUUAUUUACUUUAUUAUUUUCACAUAUAUCCCAAAAAUUGCACCAUUGUAUUAAUUAAUUAAGUAAUUUUAGGAAUUUAUUCAUACAGAUAAUGUCUUGAUCUCAUUCCAAGCAAAUAUCCAAUAUGAAAAUAAAUGUUUAUUCGCCGAUAUAAUAUUAUGUACAUGGGUUGGAAGGAAAAAAUAGUGGACAUAGAAAUGAAAAUUUAAUUAUCUUAAAAGUUAUAAUAAAUCUUUAAACGAGCACAGCUCUAAAUAUUGCGUAAUCAAAAUAAUUCUUACAUUUUUUUAUCGUAUUUAAUUCGUUUAGGUUUUAAACAAUAAGAAUGAGUACUUACAUAAAUUAUGUUAAACCAUAUUUAUAGUUUAAAUAAUGCUAAAUUAAGGGCUGUGAUAACAGAGAAAGGUGUAUUUUUAUGAAACAUAUCAUACUAAUUGAAAUGUUUAUUGUAUCUAUUACUGAAAAGUGAGAAUGACAAUGGGGAAGUCUAUAUAAUGUUACCGGAUGGCUAUUAGAAGAUAUUUAAAAUUUUCCCUAUCGAAUAAACACUGCAAUGAUUAAUUAAAGCGAUGGACAAAGAUAAUGUAAUGCAAUUUGCAUAUAGGUAUGACUUUGCAAUGACUUCCCCUAUUAGAGAACAUGAAAAACUACUUAGCACAAAUACCUAGUUACAAUAUAUAUUCGUAUCAUCAUCCCCAAUGAAGUGAUUAAAAUUAUUAUGUCGAGUCAUUGGAAUUAUAUAAGGGGAGUGUUAAAUACAAAAAUAUAAAAAUUAUGUCUAUCCCAUUCACCUAUAAGUAUAGUUGGCGAUUUAUUUGAAUCUAAAAUGUUCCUGCUAUUAACAUUAUUGAAGCUUGGAAUUAUAAGUAAAAUAUAAACAAAGGUAUGCAGGACUAAUUGAUUAGUAGAUAAAUUGGUAUAAUGUUAUUUAUAGAUUAAUAUAAGUAUAUAUAAUAUUAGUACAAGAAAAAAGAAGACCUUAACAGAACUUAGCAACCUUGACAAAUAAUAGCAAUGACAUACUUGGUUAAUGCACAACCAAUUUCUGUUGUACUUUAUCUAAAUAGAAUAAUUGUAGCGUACCAUAGCUAACAUGAGAUCGCUAGCAGUAAAAAAAU